GGUAUUAAGGGGUCGCCGACAGCUGCCAUUCUCCGCCAUCACCGGCAUAAUCCACGUGUCCAUCACCUUUUUCUUCCAAACUUUUGUCUCUUCUGUUCUCCUUCUCCUUUCUAUUCAUUCUUCCUCUCCCAAACCAAGUGCCAUUGUUACUUCUUCUCUUACUUUGUCUCCCCCAUUAGUAUUAUCCUCUUUUCAAGAUGUUCAAUUUCUUACUUAGAAAAGAUGCAAGAAAGAUUCUCAAGCGCAAAGAUAGCGAUGCUGGGGAAAGAGGAAGAGCACUGGAAGACCUGAGAGGCUCACUGUUUAAUGAAUUUCGUUCCCCUGAAGGUGCAAAACGGCAUCAACAUCGUACAUGUGGUCCAGCUGCAGCACUUGCCUUCAAUUUUGUAGUAGCAAUUAGUAUUAUCUUCAUGAACAAAAUGGUUCUUCAAACUGUUAAAUUCAAAUUCCCUAUUCUUCUCUCACUAAUUCACUAUGUAGUGAGCUGGUUCUUAAUGGCUGUACUAAAUGUGUUCUCUUUGCUUCCUGCCUCUCCUUCCUCAAAAUCAACUAACCUGUCUGCUUUAUUUACUCUUGGAUUUGUCAUGUCUCUAUCUACUGGCCUUGCUAAUGUCAGCUUGAAGUAUAAUAGUAUUGGUUUCUAUCAGAUGGCAAAGAUUGCAGUAACACCUUCAAUAGUUAUGGCAGAAUUUGUAUUGUAUAGGAAGAAAGUUUCUUGGCCCAAGGCUUUAGCAUUAACGGUAGUAUCCAUUGGUGUUGCUGUGGCUACAGUGACAGAUCUGCAGUUUCAUUUCUUUGGUGCCUGUGUUGCAUUAGCAUGGAUUGUACCUAGUGCUAUAAACAAAAUCCUCUGGUCCAGAUUGCAGCAGCUAGAAAACUGGACUGCUUUGGCGUUAAUGUGGAAAACAACACCCAUUACUUUAAUUUUUCUGGCUGCUAUGUUACCCUGCUUAGACCCUCCUGGUGUACUUUCCUUUGAUUGGAACUUCAUUAACACAUUGGUGAUACUCACAUCAGCCAUUCUUGGAUUUUUGCUUCAGUUAUCUGGGGCCUUAGCACUAGGUGCUACAUCUGCGGUCUCGCAUGUUGUUCUUGGGCAGUUUAAGACAUGCAUUAUCCUUUUGGGAAACUAUUAUCUCUUUGGAUCGAAUCCUGGCAUAAUCAGUAUCUUUGGAGCAUUUACAGCUAUUGUUGGUAUGUCUGUUUACACUUGCCUUAAUCUGAAGCAGCAAACAGCCAAGAUAUUUCCUCAUCAGACCUCCCUUUUACCAAAAUCUAAACUAAGCAAAGAAAAUGGCAGUUCCCAUAAUGGACAUUACAGCGCAGAAAAUGUCUAACAAAAUUCCUGAUACUGCAUUACAUGAGAUGAUAAUUAACCAAUCAUUUUUUUUUUCCUUGCUGUGAUUUCUAGAUUCGAAUCUGACCAUUUUUGGUGGUGAUAGUUUAUGUUCAAAUAUAAAAAUUCAUUAAAUUCAUACUAGGAUUCAAUGCUUCUAUCAUGGCAAGUGGGAACCCCAUCUACUCUGUAAAUGAAUUAUUUGGUUGUUUCUUAUCCUGAGUUACGAGUUUUUUCUGCGGUAUAGAAUAGGAGCUACUGUUUCAUUUGUAAUUGUCACAGAAAACAGAAUUUCAUCAUUUUAUUUUAUUUUUGUUAUAUUCA